AAUGAAUUUUUCUCAAAGUAUUUUAAUAGUUUUAAAUAUUACAUAUCAAUAUAUCUACAAUGAUAUUAUGAUAUCUAUAUCUUAUUUAAAAAAAUUCUCGUUACAGAUUUGUUUUAGAGACAAUUGGGUGAAUAUACCCAAAUCGCUAGAAAAAUAAGUAACUACCCGAAACCAUGAAAAAUCCAUUUUCAUUGUUGAUAUUUGUGCUCUCUUUAUCCAUUUUACCCAUGCCCUAAAGUUUCAUCUUGUUUCUCUUUCUUUCCCGAACUAAUACCUCUUUCAUCUAUCUCUUUCUCUCCCAAUUAUCUAAACCUUUGUUAAGAUUAAAGCUUCAUUUCAAAUCAAUCAAUCUUCUUCUUAAAUCUCUAAAUCAUGAUCUACUCUGUUUUCAACGCCAAUCAUACGAUAACCUCCUCAUCUUCUUAAAUCUCCAAACCUUCCAAAAAGAUUACGAUUAGUUCUAAGAUUUUACGGACUCAACAGUGUGCAACUAUUUCUGAAGAAAGAGAAAACACAGUACAUAAAGAGAAAAGAAACACAAUAAAGUAUUAGUAACAAUACAAUAAUUUCUUGAUCUAUAUACAAUAAUUGUUAACCGUUAAGAAUAUUAGUUGAAUAGAUAAUGAUUAAGUUAACACGAUAAUCUAUUUUUUACCAUUUAAGAAAAUAUAUAUCAGGUAACAAUAGUUAUUUUUAACAUCUUGCCAACCAAUUUAAAAAGCGAUAACAUGUUUUAUAGCAGUUAACCAAACAUGUACCUGUUAAUGACAACAUAUUGUAUAAAAUGUAACUGAUAAGUUGUGACGUACAAUGUUAUAUGACUUGUUAGACUGGUAACCAGUUUCGUACCAUUUAACAAACUAUGUAUAAGCCAAUGUCAGCUAUUUAUUAACAUCUUAUAAACCAUUUAAAAAAAUCUUUAACAUGUAUUGCUAAGCAAAGAUUUACCUGCUCACAAUACUCGCUACUGAAGUGUUAGCUUCGUGUUCUUUUUAUCGAUGUCGGGGAAACCCUAUCUUUCUGACUCUACAGCCCAUACAUACACCAGCAUCUGAAUCGACGAGAUCUAUCCAAUACGUACAGUGGUGGUUGAAACCGAGUGAACCGAUGAAGAGAUUGUGGUAGACGAACUCAUGAGGUGAUAAAGAUAUAAGAUUUCCAAACAAGAAAUUCAAUCUUCUCAGUUCAUGGUGAGAGAUUUGAUUCAAUCAAUUUUGGGUUUGUGUUAGGAUCUAAUCUUCUCUCCUACCAUUUCUAGAUGAACUCAUCGAGGAGAUAAUUUUAUUGGAUUCACAACUGUGGAUACAGAAAGAGAAAAGUUUAUUUGUAAAAAAAGGUGUGAUAAUGGAUUAGAGAAGAUGGAAAAGAAAAGAAAAGAAAAAUUAUUAUUUGGCAAAAAAAUUUAGGGAGAUACGAAAAGGAGAAGAAAGAAAUAUGGGCAGGGAGGAAGGGCAGAGAGACAUGGGGAAAAGCAAGGGCAGAGACAAAAUUGAGAUUUAGAAAUAUCAAUAGUGUUUAGGAUAUUUAUCUAGAUUUUGCUCGUACGUUACGAAAAGAAAAAGAAAACAAUGUUAUUGGUCAGAUCCUUGUUUAAUAGUAGUAUUUCUUAGAUCAGCUACGUGAAGGUGUAUGGUUAAACUGUGAAACGCGGAUCAUCAUUGAUCGCUUUCCCUACCACAGAAAAAAAAACAUGAAUUCAAGGAGGGAAAAUCCCUCUCGAGUAGAAGACGAAUCUUCUGGUGAUUUGACAAGUGAGAGGUUAAGCUAAAGGUUGAAACUUUCCUUCUCUAACCACCAGCCUUUGAAGGAUGAGAGACAUUUAGUAUCUACAUGAGUUUGCUCAAAGAUGAAUCUUUACAAGCCAUCUGAUAAUAUGGUGAUACGAGUCAUCUGAUUGCUUAUAACGUAUUGGAGAGUGACUCAAGGACUUGGAGAUUCGGGUUUGCAUCUCUUAGGUGCUGAGUUUUGGAUUCUAGACUUUUAUGACCGUUAUAACAUGAAGGUUGGGAAGAUUUUAGAUGGAUAAAGGGGAUUGUAAUAGGACACUCUGUGAGAUUGUGGGUCUGCUAAAAUCAUGGCUCCCCUGGCGGUCCGAGCCAGCUACUGUGUCCAGAGAUUUUUGGAUGCCUGAUCAGAGCUGUCGUGUGUGUUAUGAGUGUGAUUGUCAGUUCACCCUUAUUAACCGUAGGCACCAUUGCCGUCUUUGUGGGAGAGUCUUCUGUGGGAAAUGUACUGCGAACUCGAUACCUUUGGCUACCAGCGACUUGAGAGCUCCCCGUGAGGAGUGGGAGAGGAUCCGUGUUUGUAAUUAUUGUUUCAGCCAAUGGGAGCUAGGUGAUGGUGGAACGCAUCUUUCGAAUAUUCCGGGGAUUAGUAGUUCGUCUUCUGAGACAAGUCUUCUUAGCUCAAAGACUAUUACAACUACCAAUAGUAGUACUCUUGGCUCGAUGCCAGGUUUAGUUGGUCCUUAUCAAAGGGUUAAACGUGGUUCUGAUGUCAGUUUGCACGGAGUGGCUUCUAAAGAGCAAGGCAAAGAGACUUCAAGGAGUAACAGUUUCAUAGCCACAUAUGUGGAAGAUCCAUCUCGCUUUGGUUUAAAUAGGAAUGAUGAUGAGUACGAUGAGUAUUGUGCAUACCAGACUUAUACUGAGACGAGUCAUUCUCCUCAAGCUAAUAAAUACUAUGGCCCAAUGGAAUAUGAGGAGAUGAGCCACUGUAAGCAUCUGAGUUUCGAAUCCACCGCUGACCAGAAAAGUGUAAGCGGCUCUCCACUCAUUCAUCAGAGUCUUGAAUCUCUAAUUGGGGAUGGCUCAGAGCAGUUCCAGAAAAAAAGAUGAGAAUGAUGGUCGUGACGAAAGUGAAGCACCUUCUCCGCCAGAUAUUUCGGAUAAUCAAGUUGCAGAGCCGGUGGAUUUCGAGAACAAUGGACUUUUGUGGGUUCCACCUGAUCCAGAAAACGAAGAAGAUGAGAGAGAAAGCUCUUUGUUUGACGAGGAAGAUAAUGAGGGAGACGCCUCAGGUCCGUGGGGAUACUUACGGCCUUCCACUAGCGUUGGAAGUGGAGAGUUCCGUAGCGAGGAUCGAACGAGUGAAGAGCACAAGAAGACUAUGAAGAAUGUGGUUGAUGGGCACUUUAGAGCUUUGCUUGCAAAACUUUUGCAAGUCGACAACCUCCCUGUGAGCGAUGAAGAGGGCAAAGAGGGUUGGUUAGAGAUUAUCACCUCUCUUUCUUGGGAGGCGGCUAACUUACUGAAGCCUGAUAUGAGAAAAAGUGGAGGGAUGGAUCCUGGUGGCUAUGUCAAAUUGAAGUGCUUAGCUUCCGGGUUUCGACAUGAUAGUAUAAGGACGGGCCCGAUAGGAAGAUAAGAAGUUGGCCCAAUAACGCGAAAGAGAUGAGAUCGACACAACGACAUGGAGAUCCCGCGGGUCAAGGAAGUCGUUGAGAGAGAUCCGGAAAAAAUGAGAUAUUGAGAUAGAGAGGACAUGUGAAACCCUUGAGAGCAUUAGCUAUUCACAUCGACCUCGCCAUAAGCUCGAGAGUGGUUCAUUUUGUAAUCAAUCUCAAUUAUAGCUUCAAUUUCAUUCAUUUAUUGUAUUUAAACCUUUAAUCAAUAAAAAUUAAUUUUCGCCGACCGGAAUCUGAUUAUA